GUAAAAUAACAACUGUAACCAAUUCUAAACUCUUUGUACCCAGUUUGAAAACACAAAACCAACAAUCAAUGUGUCACACAAAAAUACAUUCCAGCAAUGAUGUACCCCUCGAACCAGCUCUCGAUCCCGCGGGUCGAGAUCGAUUUCGACACUCCCCAGCGAGAUCGAUUCCUUCGGGACCAAUAUUCGACCGGGCAGCACCGUAGUAGCUACACGGUGCUGGGUCGAGGGAGCUACGGUGUGGUUAUCAAAGCUCGCUACCGGGGCAAACCCGUUGCUGUGAAAAUUGUAGAGAAAAAUCGGCGUCACCAUCGAAGCAAGAUCGAUUCGCUUAGAAACGAGGGCAAUGUGCUUAAGUUGCGCCAUGAGAACAUUGUUCGGGUGCUGAAGAUAAUUUCUGGAGCUCAGUACGGAUUGGUCAUCAUGGAACGUUUUGACGGUCAUUGCCUGCAAAGUGUGCUGAAUGAAAACUACGAAAUCGGAACCCACCAUCGGUUGUUAAUUCUCUGCGACAUCAUCAACGGCUUAUGCUUCUGCCACCGCCAUCGCAUUGUUCAUCUGGACGUUAAACCGCAAAACGUCAUCAUAUGCCUGUUGGUUCCGGAGGCACCUUCCUCGAUGGUAGGAAUACCCACCGGUUCACCCCGGGUCCGUAAUUAUUUGUGCAAGCUGUGCGAUUUCGGAUGUUCUCAGCUGCUGGAUGCUAAACGUGGAAACAACCUACAGAACAUCAACAACAACAACAAGGGCACCAUCCGGUACAUGGCACCAGAACUUUUGCGUGGAGUCGGUCCGAUUGCGGAAGCUGCCGAUGUUUACUCGUUCGGGGUUACCAUGUGGCAACUGGCCGAACUUAAAGAUCCGUACGAUUCUAUCACCUCGAAUGAAGCGGUUGCCUAUAAUGUGGUUAAAAAGCGACUGCGUCCUGAUAGUGUAACUACGGCUGAGAUUCUACGAUCUGAACCGGUUGAGGUGCCGUCGAGGAAGAAUUCGCUCCUGGGGGUUGGUUGCUUUAGAACGCGAAAGCGCAGUGACAAUUCGCUGGAAGUGGGAGAGAGAAAAACGAAUGGCCAUUGUUAUUUGAGCUAUCACAGUAGCAUUCUGAUGUCCUCGAAUGCUUCCAAUGGACCGAAUCCAGCUGUAGACUUCACGACCGAAGUUAUGGAUGAGGUCCUGCAGGAACCAGGCCUUGAUUUGGUGGAGCACCAAGUGGUUCCCGAUUCUGAUGGCGUUGAUGAAUUGAUGGUAGAUUCGGAAAAUGGUGCCCUUUCACUUGAAAAGCUGAACAAAUUGUUCACCGAUACAAUCAGCGGGAUAGAUCCAACAGAUCAGAAUUUCAUCCGUCAGGAGUAUCGUAACUUGUACAGCAAAUGCUGGCAGCACGAGGCUUCAGCACGCCCGGUUGCCAGCGAUGUGAGAUCUUCCUUACACAGCAUGUUGAAACGAAUAGUUUGUUGUAAAUAGUCGUGGCCAUUCAUUAGAUGUAUAGUAAGUGUAUGUUUUUAAUGUGUUGUUAGGCAGAUGCAAAUUCUGCAAAUUUUAAACUGUGUUUUACCGCCAAUUUACGUUAGUAGAUUACCAAUGUUUUUAAGUAGGAUUAGGAUUCCUAGAUUAGGAAGUUUCGUUUUAAUUGUAAAAAUAAUUUCAAUUAUUUUAAAGUUUCGCAAUUGAUGGAAACUCGAGAGAAAG